AUGAUACUUGUCAAGGUUCUGAAAAUCGAAAUAGACAUACCGACUUCAAAACGGCGUCGUUUUGAUCCUAAAAAAAAAAAAACCCAAACGGGCAGAAGCAGAACUCACCCCCUCUCCCUUCUCUCUCACUAUUCAAUAUUCACAAAAUCUCAAACUGAACCCUAUCAAAGCAAAUAUCCACCAGAAGCCCUAGCCGCCACCUUCUCCAUCAUUGAUCUCCUCUCUUUGGCCACCGGCGGGACAGACCGUGUGUGUGUGUUUGUGUUCAAGCUCAAGCUCCCUCUUCGAGCUCUCUCGCCGUCGAUGCUUCUUCGCCCCUCACCGUGGGUCGUCGCUGCUUUGCUCCUCUCCGUGGGUCGUCGCUGCUCCCUCCUCGCCGUGGGUCAUCGCUGCUCCGCUCCUCACCGUUUUUGCUGUCGCCCCUUCUCUUCUCCUCUGAUUUUAGGGGCAUAGGGCUUAUGGUAUGCCAGCAAUUUGCUGGAAUCAAUGGAAUUUGUUUCCAAAAUUAACACUAUGGAGGGGUCGGGAUUUUCUUGUAUAUGGUUCUCACUCUUACCCUAAACUAAUAACAAUUAUUUCGCAAAUGUUAUUUCUCCAAUUACUUACUCAAGUGGAACAUAUAUAUAGGGGCAUAAUAAUAAGCCAAGGUUCAUGAAGCAACACCAUAUUAUAUAUUAAGAUGAUUCUGAGUAUGGAUUCUGAAUUCAAUUUGCUGAAUAUUGAAUUGAUUCUGAAUUUAAUUUUAGAUAACUCUG